CAUCAUGGAGAAUAUUUGGGCUUAUAAACUACUGAGAAGAGACUGAUAUUUGGAAGCUUGAAGGGGUUUAAAAGGCUUGAAUUCAACUAGUUGCUCACAGGUUCAGAGUCUUGGAAUGGAGCAGUUUCAUUACAGCUCGCAAAGAAGGGAAGAACCAGAGGACUUCAAUUUGAGAGAGUGGCCAGUUAAGGGAAGGUUCAAAUGUGAGAACACAAGUUCCAGACGUUUUUCAGGGUCUUAUUUAAGAAGCUUAAGGGAAGAUGGCAGAUCCUUCAGAUCAAACAUAACCAUCUCCAGCACUGCUUCUUCCCCAGGCUAUUACUCCAUGAGAGAUGAAAUUGACCCAUCAACCUACUCAUUCACUGCUGCUAUCAAAGCAUUGCAAGCUAAGUCAAGAUAUAACAUGUGGGAAAGCUUGUCGCCUGAUCAGUUUUCUUUGAACUCAAAGUGGUAUGAAGCAGAGAAAUAUAUCUGCAAUCCUCUUUCAGGCGAGGUUCCAAUGGAGUGUUUAUCUGCUAAAACACUAAGUGCAAGGUCAUUCAGAAAUUUCAGUAGCAGAAUCACCAUGUCUGCUCCUUUAGUUUAUUCCACCAAGUCAAGACAACACCAUGAAAGGCCGAUUACUUUUCCCCAAGAGGAAGCAGUUAAUCGAUAUCCAAUUCCAGAAAAGAAAGUGGAAGGGAUGACAAAGGAUGUUGGAACUCAAAGCACACCACCUGAAAGAAGUUCAACAUGUCCUAGCCCUGCUUCCACGCCUCCCAUGGUGACAUCCUUAAAGGCAUGUGGGAAAGAAGAAACUAAUUCACCAAAUUCUUGUUCUACUCAAACAAAGAAAUCAGAGGAAGGGGUGACAAUCAAAGCAAGCAAAGAAAAGGAGAUGACAAAAGGAGAAAAGGGAGAUAGAAACAGUGCAAAGGAGCAAAGGUGGAGGCAAGGUGGGUGCCUGUCAUGGAUGAGAACAAGACAGACAGAUAAACACAAAACAAGAACGAAGAAUUUCUUACCUCAUUUGAAUUUAAAAGGGUGCUGAAAAGUUCCUGAGCAAAAUGGCAAAGGGAGAUUCUAUCUAUAUUCAGGCAUAUUUUCGCGGGUGUUAGUGAGGUUUGUGUUCACGUUAAGAAAUUAAGGACACUCAUGGAGAGAGACCUCAGGCCUGCGUAACAAAGGUUAAGGCUCUUAGUUUCGUGGUUCUCUCUGCUUUAAUUUAUUGUUUAUUGGAAUGGUGAAAGUUGGGAGCAGCUUUAUCUUUCUCACUUCACGUGCAUGCCUUUUGUCUUUACCUUUAGACAAACAAACCUUUCAAUAA